AAUCAAUGUCGAAGUUCCUCAUUGCCGCGUAUCAUCACAACAGUCCUCUUUUACAGAGUCCGUUCUUAAAGCGCCCAGAAGACUAGUUCACCUCCGAUUUGCGACUCGUAAAGACCGACGUGCUUCGAUGUUGUGAACCGAGUAUUUCGUGCAAUUUUUCUUUUUGAUCUAAGACGAAUUGUUUUCUAUAUUCAUUGGACCGAUUUAAUUUCGUGUCUUAUCAAAUGGAUAAUAACGCUGAAUAAUAUCAGUCUUCCACGUGACGCGGCGAAUAAUAUAACAGAACUAACAAGAAAAUAUCAUAUGAACUAUUAUCUUUAUAUAAAUUGUUAUAUAUAUACAUACAUAUAUAUAACCUUUAUAUAUAUAUAAUAUAUUUUCUUUAUAUAAAUUAUAUUAUACGAAACAUUAUCCUUAUAUAAAUUAUUAUUGUAAUAAGAAAACAAUAAGAGAAUAUUAUCUAGUAACGAGCGACAUAUGAUCACGACAAAAGAAAACAGGGAGAAAGCAAGCCGCGUUUCGCGCAAGUGACUUCUUACAGGACGAUAUUCUCCUUUGAACGAACGAUAUUCCAAAACUCCGUCAUCCGGAGGCCAGGAGGGUCGCCGAAGUCCGCCGCCUUUUUCCAGCCGCUUAUGUUAUCGUUCAGUUCAAAAAGCGGCUGGCUGAUCGAAACGAUCUCUUUUUACGGACGGGACGUUCCAGCAUCAUUGAGAAAGAAGGAUGUGCGAAUUCGUUUCGGACGCAUGGACAGGCAACGCGCUUCUGGUUCACUUGACGGAUUACGCGUGGCUAUAUCCCACUCCGAAAAGUUCCGCGAUCUCGAUCUCACAGGAUUGGGUACUUACGCAUGGCACUAUGCUGGAAUCGACCAUUCUCGAGUCCGAGGAAAUAUCGAAGUUCAUCGAGAACAUGGUACCAGGACAGCUGACGAGCGUGCCCGAGGAGCUCGCGGAAGAAUUGGAAUUUUCGGUGGUGCGCCAGCUGAAGACGGGUUACCAAAAUCACAUCGGCAAGGUCACCUUCGCCUGGUUAUGUCCGCUUAUCAUGCACACCUUCAAGACGUUCUUCGACACGUGGAACUUCCACGAUUGCGAAAUAUCCAAGUCGGUCCAACUACGCCGGAUGCUCUUCCUGCUGAUUCGUGUUAACUCGAGACACUCGUUUAAAAUGUCAGGUGAACAAGCUCUGCAGUGCCUGCAGGAACAAAUCUUGCCGCUGAGCUUCACCCGGGGCACGCCUGUAGAAAUCAUCUCGUCGCCGUUCGGUAAUGUCUGGUUUAUGAACUCGAUAGCGCGGGGCAUUGUCAGCAACGUUAUCGGCGGCAUCAUCAUGUUGGACACAUAUGUGUUCCCGAAUAGCGAAGGUAGUCCUGUUUACAUAACUUCACCGGACAGCGAGAGCAGAAACCUCAUCGGGAUGGUAAUCGUGUCGAUGGUCUGGUGUCGCAACGAGUGGGUGCAGUAUACCUUCGCCGCCAAUCUCGCGCCGUGCUUAACAGUUUUGCAGCAAAGUUUUCCUACACCUUACACUAAGUUUGCCAUACGCCACGAUAAUCAAACUGUUCUAGAUAAAAGCGUCGUGAUAAUUGCCUGUGGGGAUAAAAGAGGCACAGGCAUUCUUGUGGAUAAGGACACCGGAAUUUUCUUGACAUGUGCGCACGUCGUCGAGCAGGCACCACAAACGCAGAUAUCAGUCAUCGUAUUUAGAGUCAGUAAAGAUAAUCCCUAUUUAAACAUGACGGCAGAGUUAUUGUUCAGAAGUCCGAAAAAUAUCCCUUACGACGUCGCUGUAUUGAAGGUGAAACCGAGCGAGUUGGAUCCAUCGUUGGAACCCAUACAGUUCUCCGAUGCUCCAAUCAUGCCAGGCGAGCCAGUGGUCGCCGUGGGAUUCGCGUUCAUGCUGUCUACCUGGCCGACCAUGACCAGUGGUGUGGUCUCGAAAUCGUUGGACUACAUGCUCAUAACGACCUGUUGCAUCCAGGGCGGUUUCAGCGGCGGGCCGAUAAUCAGCCAGACGACCGGCAAAAUGCUGGGAAUGGUCGUUUCCAAUAUACAGACCGCCUGCAAUAACGUGCGAAUCCAGCGGAUAAGCCUGUCGGUACCGGUCUUCGUGCUGAGGAAGCCCCUGCAGAAAUACUUGCGCACUGACGAUAUACACGUGAUGCAGGAUUUCGUAAACAAUGACCCCAUCGUGCGGAAGAUCUGGGAUAUGGAUGUGGGUGUUAAUCUCUCGGCCAAACUGUGAACAGACUCUAUAAGAUAGGUUUCACGAUAUUGACAACGGAUCCGCGUCGACGCGCGUAUCGCGCGAUUAUUCGCGAUUCGAUUUGUACACACGGACUAUUUAUACAUGUAUAUUGCGGAAUAUUGAGAGCCGUGUGAGUCACGCUAGACCUGCCGAUCCCGACACGCUCGACACGCCGAGCUGGCGGACACAAUCUUGCCGUCGAAUCUCGUUGAAUAAUGCGCGCCAUUGACCGAGUUCGACGUGAAGAGAAAGUUUUUCAUGACGUCAAGUGUGUACCGAUCACGAAGCGACUCGAGUCAACGAUCCCGUCUCGCGCAUGACGAGGAUUUCGCUGACUGAUUGUGCGGACCCGUACACUGGUCGCGGAUAUUGAAUCUUCGAGCCGGCGUUCGAGUGUCAUAUAAAUUUGUAACAUUUGCCUUUCACUGACUUUUUUUAUGAAAAUACGACUUCUUCCAUAUUUUUAGUCUUUGUAUUUCACGAAGGGACGCGAUCAUAUUAUACGAUUUGUAAAAAAUUAUUGCUCGCUACACACAUAUGUAUGUGUCGUGUAACGUCUCGUCUAUCCGAAGUAGCUUUCGUCGUGCGGAUAUACCCGCCUCGCCAUCUAACAAACGCUCGAGCAACUAAAAUUCCCGCUUCUUCGCAUGUUCGAGCCACUCUUGCUUUUCUGAUCAAGAUGUAAUUAAUUAGCAGCGAGUUUCUAAAUAAAAGACGAAAAAAGGAUCAGUA